CUACGGUCUGGUGGCUAGCAUGGUUGCCUAUUGAACCGCCGAGGGAUUUCUGUCUGCGUCUUCAUGAUGAAUUUGGAGGGCUCCGAGAGUCUUUCUGUUGCUUUCCUCUCCUCUGUUCUUCUGCCCGUCUUUCCGUGAGCUGCGAGCUCCGUCCGCCGCGGGAUUAUAAUGCUUCCUUAUUCUAGAUCUAUACUUGCGGCCUGUCGGACGGUGGGCCAGUUCACAGGGCAAUAUGUACCAUCUAUCGGACCAGCUCUCCGGUUCGGUCAACUGCAAUCCCGAACGGUCACCAAAGUCGCCGCAGCCGCUAGGAACCCUCAAUCUGACUCGAAAGGGGCUCGGCAUGCAAAUAAUGAUGUCGCCUCCUUAUCCGAUCAAGUCCGUCUCUUGAUGAGACGAGUCCCUUACCCUGUCGCCAUCAUCACGGCCACUGAUCCCUAUGGCCCGGCAGAUAAGGCCUUCCGCGGAAUGACCGUCUCCUCCUUCAACACCGUUACACUCAGUCCGGAACCCGUCAUAUCGUUUAACGUGCGCCGGCCCUCCGAGACGCUUAGCGCACUCCAAUCGUCCAAGCGCUUCCUUGUGCACCUCCUGGCUCCUCGACAGGCAACCGCUACCCUUGCGCGGGACUUCUCCAAGGGCAACCACAAUUUGUCCCUCUUGGAGGGGAAGAGUGAAUAUGAGUUCGUUGCGCACGAACAUUCCCUUUCUGGUAAUGAAACUUCCGGCAGGCCUCUUCCGCUGUUGCGGAGGAAGCAGGAUGCUACGUCUACAGGAUCGGAGGACUUUCCCUUCGUAUUGGAGUGUCAGCUCCAUCCACAGAGUAUACAGGUCCAGGACCAUACGAUCGUCGUGGGAACUGUUGUUCAGGCACUUUCAGGGGAGUUGUUGAGCCUUGACUCGGAAACUAAGGCUGGAGACCUUUGCCUCACGUACGCCAAUACCCACUUCUGGGAAAUGGGCCACGAGAUAUGAAAGACGGCAUCCGGAAUUCGUGAGACUCAAGCAUCUCUCCCCAUAAAUUAUCCAAUGCUCUAGAUACGGGCCAUACACACCAUACUGUUAGAGUGAAGGUAGCUUCUCGAGGAGUUACCUCUGUAUAUUAUCCAUACCUGAUAUCCUGGGUUUCGUCGGAAUCUCGCCAGCAAUAUCUCCAUUAUAUGUACAUACAUUAAUUCAUCAUAG